CAAAAUGUAUUAUGUAUGCCACAUGAUAAUAACAAGCGGGAACUCAACCAUACACAGUACAGUAAUUCUGUCGACACACAAAUAAAUUUACAACCCCCUGCGAGAACAGACGUGCGUGCAAGAGACUGGCCUAUAUAGCCUGGUCUGACUUGCGCAAGAGUGAAAGUAGCAGGUCCAAGGAGAUAUCACCUCUAGUUUAGCUAGACCCUCCACACCAAGGAGCCCUUGUCCACACUAAGGCUUAUCAAGACCCACAUAAUGAUAGGAUCAACAAUGAUGAAUGGGAAUGGAAAUGAGAUGGCAACCAGCGAAGAAGGAAGUACAUCAUACACUUUAAAAUGGGCUACUGACAAAGUAGGCGAAUUACAGAAAGCAGCCAAUACUCAAGCACUCGAGAAUAUGUACGAUGAUAUGGCCGACAAAUAUGAAGAGAUGGCUCAUGCUCUGGAAUACAAUGGAAAUAGGCUGACUGCUAACGCCCUCUUCGGUCUGAUACCGAAUCGAGACAUAAGAGUACUCGACGUAGGAUGUGGAAGUGGGUUGUUUGGAAAAGAGCUUUUUGAUAAAGGAUACCGCGAUAUACACGGUGUAGACAUGUCUGCUGGAUUGCUCAAGGUUCUUGAAAAGAAACAGAUAUACACAAAGCUUGUGAAAGCGAGAUUUGAUCCAACCACACCUCUUGAAUAUGCUGAUGGGUAUUUCGAUGUGAUAGUUAGUUGUGGUGUUUUUAUACCAGCCCAUCUCACUCACACCUGUCUACCAGAGAUAUUCCGUCUUCUUAAACCUGGUGGAGUUUUUAUCAUCACUACCAGGAAGAACGUUUUUGAUGAAGAGCUUGGGGAUAUCAAACUGAAGUCUACCUUUGCUGGUCUGAUAGAAAAGGGUCAACUCCAGAAGAUAUCUCAUGAGAAAAUAGAGUAUCUCACUGAUGCUGAAAAAAAAGUUUCGGGCUUGAUAUUAACCUACAAAAUGUUGUGAAAAGGGUUCCUUUAUAGGAGCGUUUGUCGAUUAAAUUGAACAUCGCAAAGUGCAAUGCACAAAUGAGUCAUGUACAUUGAUUAUAAUAUUGGUAAUAUAGAUGCACUUUAAGGCUCAGCUGCCAUUGUAUUAUAUUAAUACACCAGUUCUAACUAACCUUUGCUGAAAUGCCAUAUUGGCGCUUAAGCAGUCAACGAAUUGAAUUGGUAUGCACGUGUAUAUGUAACGGCUAUAACGCUUAAAACAUUGGAAUUAUGAUAAAAUGCUGUUUUUAUUUUUGUCAUUCGAGAUACAACUCAUUAAAAUAGAGUUGAGAUUACCAUGAUGAUUCGACAAAUUUUUUAGUUGACAAUAUCGCAUUCACUGUAUGAUUAGUGAAACAGCUGAAAUUCAGUUAAGACAUUUCUUGUGUUUAGGAUAGUAUUUUUAGGAAUUUGGGAGAAAUCGUGAUAAACGAGCGUCGUUAAAACGCUUGAUUUAUGAGGA